AAUCAGGUGUACGAGAAGCAACCUCUUGGAGCACAUCAGUCAUGUGGCCGUCGUGGCGUUGCCUAUUUGAAACUCAGGGGGAGCAGCUCGAACGACAGAUUCACUUCCGAUUUGAGAUAUCAAACCCCUAUACGCAUGCUUUUCUGCGCAAAGCUCUGGGGACGCUACCGCAGAGGGGAAGCAGACUGAUCUUAUGCACACAUCAAGCCUUAUCGCAGCCCCCUUUCCCUCCAUCGCCUGAAGGCACGACAACCCAUCACAUCCAAAGUCACGCCAGAUGCGCGCUGACAGGCUCGUAGGUGGCACCUUAUUGUUUUUUUUUUCCCUGCAUCGAUUUUCGAUCCCCUCCCCGCAAUGCUCUUUCCUGACGAAUGUACAACAGCCUCAAGUAUACGCUUUCCCCUCCUUGUGCGCACACAAAAUGCCAAAACUCCAAUUUAUGCAGUUACUGCGCAUUUGGCGGGUCCCACCUUUUUGGUGCUCGACACAUGUCGCUUGCCCAGAGGCGAUAUAGCAAGACACACGACGGAUUCGAGUCUGCGAGAAGCUAGCCUUCCUUGCUGCUAUUCGGCGGUGGCGCGCGUAGAGAUGAGGAUGGGUAUUGGAUUUGCCAUUGCAUGAGGGCUAGACCGGGUGUGAAGGAGCGUUGUUCAAGUGAUGAAGCGAAGAGGAGAUGGUGACCUGAUCAAAAUGGUGCACGUGUAUGAAGCACAUGUACAGAGGCGACCAUGCCCCCACUGAUGUGCUCGCUCAUCU